AUGUUAAUACUUGGGAUCAAAAUCCAGUUAUCUGAGGAAAGUGAAUUUUUAGUUGACAGAUCAAAGGGGGGUCUCACCCAUGUUCCCAAAGACUUACCCCUGAAAACAACAAUCUUAGAUAUAUCACAAAAUGAUAUAUCUGAGCUUCAGGCUUCUGGCAUCCUAUUACUAUCCAAGCUGAGGGUCUUGAGAAUUUCUCAUAAUAGAAUCCAGUAUCUUGACAUGAGCGUUUUCAAAUUUAACCAGGAAUUGGAGUAUUUGGAUUUGUCCCACAAUAAGCUGGAAAAGAUUUCUUGCCACCAUACUGUGAACCUCAAGCACUUAGACCUCUCAUUUAAUGCAUUUGAUGCCCUGCCCAUUUGCAAAGAGUUUGGCAACAUGUCUCAACUAGAAUUUCUGCGUUUGAGUGCCACACAGUUACAAAAGUCUAGUGUGCUGCCAAUUGCUCAUUUGCAUAUCAGUAAGGUUUUACUAGUCUUAAGACCUUAUGGGGAAAAAGAAGACCCUGAGAGCCUUCAAGACCUUAACACAGAGAGUCUGCACAUUGUUUUCCCCGCAGGAAAGGAAUCCCACUUUAUUUUGGAUGUGUCAGUCAGCACUGCAAUAAGUCUGGAACUGUCUAAUAUCAAAUAUGUGCUAGAUGAUAAUGGAUAUUCUUAUUUCCUAAGUAGUCUGUCAAAACUUCAAAAUAAUUCAAGGAUAUCAAAUCUUACUUUAAACAACAUUGAAACAACAUGGCAUUCUUUCAUUACAAUGUUCCAGUGGGUUUGGCAUACAAGAAUAGAGCAUUUCUCAAUUUCAAAUGUGAAACUACAAGGUCGCCCUCAGGUCAGAGAUUUUGAUUAUUCUGACACCUCACUGAAGGCCUUGUCUAUACACCAAGUUGUCAGUGACGCGUUUAGUUUGCCACAAAGUUACAUCUAUAAAAUCUUUUCAAAUAUGAACAUCCAGAAUUUCACAGUGUCUGGUACCCAUAUGGUCCACAUGGUUUGCCCAUCCCAAAUGAGCCCAUUUCUGCAUUUGGAUUUUUCCAAUAAUCUUUUAACAGACAUGGUUUUUAACAAUUGUGGAACCUUGGCUAGGUUGGAGACACUUAGUUUACAAAUGAAUCAAUUAAAAAAACUUGCAAAUAUAGUUCAUAUGACCAAGGAGAUGAAGUCUCUACAACAAUUAGAUAUUAGCCAGAAUUCUUUAAGCUAUGAUGAAAAUGAAGAAUAUUGCUCUUGGACUAUAAGUUUAUUAAGUUUAAAUAUGUCUUCAAAUAUACUCACUGACUCUGUUUUUGGAUGUUUACCUCCCAGGCUCAAGGUUCUUGACCUUCACAGUAAUAGAAUAACAAGUAUCCCUGAAAAUGUCAUCGGUCUGGAAGCUUUGCAAGAACUCAAUGUUGCUUCCAAUUCUUUAGCCCACCUUCCUGAAUGUGAUUCCUUCAGCAGCCUCUCUGUACUGAUCACUGACUAUAAUUCAAUUUCCAACCCAUCAGCUCGUUUCUUCCAGAGCUGCCAGAAGAUCAGGCCUAUCAACCCAGGAAACAAUCCAUUCCAAUGUACAUGUGAGCUAAGAGAAUUUAUCCAAAGCAUAGGCCAAAUUUCCAGGGAAGUGGUAGAGGGCUGGCCUGACUCUUAUAAGUGUGACUAUCCAGAAAGCUAUAAGGGAACCCUACUGAAGGACUUCCAUGUGUCUCCAUUAUCCUGCAACACAGCUCUGCUGAUUGUCACCAUUGGGGUCACUGGGCUGGUGUUGGCUGUCACUGUGACUGCCCUCUGUGUCUAUUUCGACCUGCCCUGGUAUCUCAGGAUGGUGUGUCAGUGGACCCAGACCCGGCACAGGGCCAGGAACACACCUUUACACGAACUCCAAAGAACUCUUCAGUUCCACGCCUUCAUUUCGUACAGUGGACACGAUUCUGCCUGGGUAAAGAAUGAAUUACUACCAAACCUAGAAAAAGAAGGUAUACGGAUUUGUCUCCAUGAGAGAAACUUUGUUCCUGGCAAGAGCAUUGUGGAAAACAUCAUCAACUGUAUUGAGAAGAGUUACAAGUCCAUCUUUGUUUUGUCCCCCAACUUUGUUCAGAGCGAGUGGUGCCAUUAUGAACUCUACUUUGCCCACCACAGUCUCUUUCAUGAAGGAUCUGAUAACUUAAUUCUGGUCUUGCUGGAAUCCAUUCCAAUGUAUUCUAUCCCCAGCAGCUAUCACAAACUCAAAACUCUCAUGGCACAGCGAACUUACUUGGCAUGGCCGAAGGAGAAGAGCAAACAUGGACUUUUUUGGGCAAACCUAAGAGCAUCCAUUCGAAUUAAGUUGAUGUACCAAGCAAAAGAAAUAGAUCACACAUACAUCUAA